UUUGAAGUAGUUUCGCCGCUGCAGUGAUAAAAGCGUCUCAGAUGAAGAAUGUGACAAGAUUCUCAGCAGACUCCGCGCGACAUUACAUGCAACAUCUGAACCCUUUACAAACACUCGCGAAAGUCUCUCUAGGAGGCAACAGGCGACGUGGAAACAGCAAUGAUUUACAUCGCAACCACAGGAUGGAGUUAUUUAUCUGGGAAUGACUGUUAUUUUUAAUGUCAAAGCAGGAGUGAAGGCCCUUAUCGUGAAUGACUGAAGUCAUGGCGUCCCGGAUCCUACUUAAUUGGAGAAUCUGGUUGUUGGUUCCUCUGGCUCUGGAUCAUCUCACUCAUGCUGAAGAUCUGAAGCCCACCAGAUGGCCUCUUUACCCUCAGAAGCCGUUGGUUCUCGUCUGGAACGCCCCGACAGAAGACUGCAGGACUCGCCACAAAGUCCAUUUCCAGUUUAAUCAGUUUCAGAUCGUGGCGUCUCCUAACGAGGGCUUCACCAAGCAGAACCUCACCAUCUUCUACAAAGACCGCCUGGGCUUGUAUCCACACUUUGAGCACGGUAUCGCCAUCAAUGGUGGACUACCGCAGAUCGCCAGUCUCACGCACCACAGAGAGAAGAUGCCAGAGGGAAUCGAGAAGUACAUUCGCGACCCGUCCGCACGAGGUCUGGCCGUCAUCGAUUGGGAGGAGUGGCGUCCGCUGUGGAUACGUAAUUGGGAAACCAAAAACAUAUACAAGAGCCAUUCGAUUCGCUUAGUGACCCAGAAAAAUCCGAAAUGGAAUUCUUCCCAGAUAAACAGAGUGGCCCAGCAGGAGUUUGAGAUGUCCAGCCGCAUAUUCAUGCUAGAGACGUUGCGGCUGGCCAAAAGCUUGCGUCCCAACCAGCUGUGGGGCUUCUACCUCUUUCCUGACUGCUACAACCACGACUAUCGCAACAGCCUGGAUCACUACACGGGCCGCUGCCCGGAUGUUGAGGUGGCCCGGAACGACCAGCUGAAGUGGCUGUGGACUGAAAGCACAGCCCUGUUUCCUUCAAUAUACAUGAGCUCUGUGUUGCGUUCAACAUCCUUCGGGCGCCAGUUUGUCCGAAACCGGGUGAAAGAGGGAAUGAGAUUGGCAUCAGUGGGAGAGGGACUGGCACGUCCUGUUUUCGUCUACAGCCGCCCUACUUAUGCCAAAGAGCUGGAAUUGCUGACAGAGACUGAUUUGGUGUCCACCAUUGGAGAAAGUGUGGCCCUGGGCGCAGCUGGUAUCGUGCUCUGGGGCGAUGCCACAUAUGCCAGCAGCAAUGCCAGUUGUUCCAGUAUAAACCAGUUCUUGCAGGGUCCACUGGGCCGAUACCUCCUCAACGUCUCCACAGCAGCCGAGCAGUGCAGUCGCUUCCUGUGCGGUUUCCAUGGCCGGUGUCUGCGCAGACAUCCGGACACGGACACGUAUCUCCAUCUUGACCCACAGACGCACACAAUAGUUGGCCAGGGAAGUGACUUGCAAGUGAAGGGAGAAGUAAGCGUGGAAGAGCGGCGGCGGAUGAUGGAAGACUUUAAGUGCCAGUGUUAUAGCGGGUUUCAGGGUGAGAGAUGUGACAUUGAGGACCCUCUUCAGCAGCGGGGAGACGGACAUGCACUAAAAGCAAUAUGGAUCUACCUUCUCAGUCCGUUGCUGCUUCAUUUACUGACAUGAACACACCUCAACUGGCACUGGUUUUCUUGCAUAUGAAAUGUUUCGCUGCUCUGUCGCUCCAAAUGCUGUUCUGAAAAGUGGAUGAGCUUGAAAUUGAAACAAAAUUUGAAAUUGAAAGUACAAACGCAGGAAACUCAAAAGUUCCUUGGAGUUUAAAUAAGCACUUUUGUUUGUUGUCACACGUUACUCACAAUUUGAGCCAGAUGUAGGAUAUUGUGCAACAGGAAAAUCUCAUGAAAAUUUAUGACUGAUUCAUUCAGAAGACAUUUUAUCCCAAACUCAGAUAGUUUAGUCUUGAGUUGAGUCAUUGAUCAAACAAUUUGAACAGGUGGACAUCUGUUUUUAUGUGUCCGUCUGAAUUUAAGACAUGCGACUAUAAAGAUGCUGGUUAUCUAACACAACAGUGUAAGGUGCAAAUGUCAAAUGUAGUUAAGCAAAUACACAAGUAUGAUUUGAAUAGGUGGAACUAGUGGAUUUGAGCAAGCCUCAAAGGAACAGUUCAUCCUGAAAUGACAAUUCUGUCAUUAUUUACUUAAUAUUAAAGAGCCCAUAUGAUGCUAUUUAAUCUUUUCCUUUAGUGUGUAAUUUAUCUGUUUGUGCAUGUUUAAGAUCUGCAAAGUUACAUAGCUCAUAGUCGCCCACAAAAAGGAUCUAUUCUAAAAGAGAACAUUGCUGCAGACCAAUGCCUUGAUCCAAGUCCAGAUAUUGCUUCCACAAACGUCUACAUCACAAUUUGAAAUAUUGUAUCAUGCCCACCCAAGACAACUACAGGCAAAUGUAAUGUUGUCGGCAGGUUUUGGCGUUCUGAUGUUGGUUCGAUUGAUCUGCAUUUUCAGAAUCUGACUCUGUCUUGAACUGAUACUGUGUAAAUUGACGACAUUAUUAACCGUGUGUUUACAAUAGAGUGCAACAUUCAGGUUCCGGAAGUAAAAACGCCAUUAAUUUUUGCCAUAAUGAUAACUUUCAAACCUUUAAAGACCACCUUACAGUGAGCUACGGGGUUGUUAAUAAAUGGUAUUUGCUUCUGUUGAAGCCGUCAGCACACUUUUUUUUUUUUUUUAAUAAUUGUAUUUAACAGCAGAAUUCCUAGUGGAAAAACUACAUUACCCAUGUAAACUAGCUCUUUAGCUCCACCCACUCCCAUGAAGCACUGCGAAUGAGGUAAUCGUUAGUCGAUCUCUCUAAGCUCUCAAAAUAUUUCAAUAUUUGUGUGUGUGUGUAUGUAUGUAUGUAUAUAUAUAUAUAUAUAUAUAUAUAUAUAUAUAUAUAAUAUGCAUAUUUUGCAAUAAAAUAUUGUUUUUUUUAUAUAUAUAAUCAACAUGUGUACAUGAGAAUUUUUAUAUUUCUUCAACAUUUUUAAUUUGAUUAUGCUGUUUGCAAUGCUUCAAGGGAUUGUAGUUCUUUCCCUCACUAUAGCCUUUAAGUUCACAGUCUCUUUUGUACCUUUGUGAUUUUAUUUCAAAAAGCUUCAAAUUAAGGUUUGUAAUGUUAUGAUUCAACUCAGCUAAUUGGCUUGGUUCAUGGCUUAUAACUCUUUAACAAAGACUUUUUUAAAUCCCUAUGGAAAAAAUGAAUGCUUCCGGAACCGACGCUGCUGAAAAUCGGGGCGGGAACUGUUGCACUCUAUUGCUUUAGAAGCCUUGGAAGCUGAAGCUUGCGAUUAUGGUAAGGGGGGUUACAUUUCAACACUCUUGAGAUGUUUGGCCAAUCAGAAUGCACUGGGUCUACUGGCCAAUCUGGGCUUUUUGGAAGGAUGGGUCUUGUAGAAACUGGUGUGGUGAGAAAUCGAGUCCCCCCAAGAAUCAGUCUCCUUUAGGGACCCAAAUGAUACCAUUGGUUCAACAAACUUUUAAUGGGUAGUAUUUUUAUCACGUGAUUAUAAUUCCUGCAAAAUCAUGUUAUGAUUUAUAUUGUUUAAAAUGUGUUAUAAUGACCAUUAAUAUCUUUUAAAUUACAUGGUUCAUAUACUGGAAUAUAACUGAAGCUAAGUUGUGAAAUCAUUUCUCUUUCUUACUGUUUUUUAGUUAUACUUUAUUAUUUUAUUAUAUACUUUAGUUUAUGCAUAGCAUAAAUAUAUCUGAUUAGCCUGGUAGCUUAGCUUAUAUUAUAUUAGGUAUGUUUUUUUGCUUUCAAUAUCUGUUUCCAGUUCAUUUUAUUAUGCAAUACAUAGGCAUUCAUUUUAUAUUUCAAGCAUGUUGUUUGUGAACUUAAUGUAAUAAACAUCAUACAAUUGCGAAAUAGGUUAAAAUUAGUCAAGACAUCAUGAUAACAACUUUUCAGGCAUUUACCCCCUGGGUCCUAAAGGAGACUCGAUUCCUUGAUUUGUCAUAACGCCAGAACUUAAUUGGGGUACGUUUCCCAAAAGCAUCGUUAACCAACUAUGGUCGCAAGUUCAGUUGAAUUGUGUUGGUAAUGACAGAAUUUCUGACCAGUUUUUAACAUUAAAGCAUGUUAACCUGUUCCAGUAAACACAGUAAUGACCUUUUAAAAUAGCAUCAUAUGGCCUCUUUAAAUUAAUAAUCAUUUAAAUUUCCUGGAAUGACUCAAAAAGACUUGGUAUAUAGUGCAUGAGUUGUGCGAACCACUUUAAAUAAUUGUUAAGAUGAAACCACUAGUGCUGGAAAAGUGGACACAUGUCGUGCAACGAUGCUUAUGCUGGCUGACCUGAGUUUGAAUCUGGUUCAUAUGUCAUUUCCUGAUCACAACCUCGUAUCCCAUCCUGUCCUAAGGCAAAAACCCUUAAAAUAAAUAAAGAAGAUGACAGUUAUUUAUAUCCUGUUAUUUAAAAAUAUUUUGCAACUUUGGAUUACAUCCUCUUCAUUUUUCCUGUUUCAUGGACUAAUUUCAUGGACGUGCCAAAUCAGCAUUUAUGCACACUUUUUGCUUUGUUCAGCAUCUCUGUCAGCUGAUUGUUAUGGUUAUGAGAGUUAUGUGACAGCUCUCAUAUUCACAAGCACUGGACUGUGAGAGAAACAUUUGCAUUGCAUCUUCGAAUUGUGAAUAUGAUUUUCUGAAAUUGUGAUGCACUCAGUAUUUGAUAAAAAUGUCUUCUGCAUUUGAUUAAUAAAUUUUGACUGGUAACAUUGUGCA